GGCCGAUGGAGGCCAUGUAGAACAGUAGAUUUCUUGGUAAUUUAAGUGGUAAAUAAGCCAACAUGAAAAUCGAUCAAAACAAACUCAAGAAAGGCACGUCGGAAGUGCCUGCCGACUGCCGGACGUUGAUUGAACGUCUGAAGUCCUGUAGUCAGGAUGACUUGCUUGGAGAAUUGAAGCAAAUCAAGUCCUGGUCCUAUGGAAAGUGCGAGUUGUUCCAUUGGGCAGAUGUGCUUGAUAUUUUUGAUGAAGUUUUAGAUAAGGCAUGCAGGAGGGAGACUGAUACAAAGUGGAUUCUCAUGUGUGACCUUGAAGGCAAUGAGCAGUUGAAGGAACUCCUCCUCCAGGUACUCCUGUUCACCGCCCUUCUGAUUGAGCACAGCUUUUCUCGCCAUCUCUACAAUUCGAUGGAGCACUUAACAACCCUGAUGUCGUCAAGUGAUAUGACAGUAGUCCUAGGGGUAUUGAACCUUCUCUACGUCUUUAGUAAGAGGUCCAACUUCAUCACGAGGCUGAACAUGGAGAAGAAGCAGGCUCUCGUUCUCAGGCUGUCUCACCUGGCAGAGAGCUGGGGAGGAAAGGAGAACGGUUUUGGACUCGCUGAUUGCUGCCAGGACCUUCCUAUAAAUAAAUAUCCUGGUAGUGCGACAACACUCCACUUUGAAUUCUAUGCAGAAGUUAGUGAUGACAAGUCGGGCAGGAAGAAUACAGCCAAUGUAGUUAGCUGUAUCCAUGUGGAUAACUUGGACAAAGUGGAGAAAUCUCCUGGAGAGAUUAUGGAAGAACUUCUCAGAACAUUCGGUGUUCCAGAUGAUAAACAGAUUUCGCUCUUCACUCACAUUCGAUUGGCGCAUGCAUUCUCCAAAUAUGAGCGUAGAAUUCAGUGUGUACAGGCACGUCUUCAGGCUAUUUCGAUCCUGGUGUAUUCCAAUGCCAUUCAAGACAGUGUUAACAGUUUGCUGUACAAUGGCUUGAUAGAAGAGCUGGUCGAUAUCCUUGAAUUGAAGGAUCCCAAAUUAAUGGACAUAAAAGCUGCGUCACUUCGAACACUGACAUCAGUAAUCCACCUGGAGAGGAACCCAAAUUCCAAUUUUAGGUUGAAUGCAAUCAUCGAUGCCACAGGAGCAGCUUCGUACCAUGGAUUCCUACCGGUGCUCGUCAGGACUUGCAUACAGCACAUGUCAGACAACAACUUGGAAUCAUUUCCGCUGCCAUUUGCUACGGCUCUCUUCUCGUUCUUGUACCAUCUAGCAAGUUAUGAAAGCGGUGGUGAGGCCCUUGAAUCUUGUGGCAUGAUGGAAUCCCUACUUAAAGUCAUCAACUGGUAUGGUGAAGGCCAAGAACACAUCACGUUUGUCACGAGGGCAGUGAGGGUUGUUGAUUUGAUAACAAAUCUGGACAUGGCUGCUUUCCAGUCUCAUGGUGGACUGUCCGCCUUCAUCAACAGAUUAGAGCAUGAAGUUGAUAUCUGCAGAAAGGAACAACCGUUUGUGAUCAGACCAGAUCGUAGUGAGUCUGCGAGUGGUCUCGACUCCAACCCUGCCUCACCUGCUAGCCUUACAAAGAGUGCUUCACCAAUGGAUAUGGAUGGAGAAAACAAGCCCAGUGAUCAUAAUGAUGCGGUCAAUAGUGGUGCCUCUACUUCAGUUGGGUUAACGAAGGAGCAGAAAGCAGAACUGUAUGCUGAGGCUAAAACCGGAUUGACAUGUUUCCCCCAAAGGGCUGCUCUUCUCAAGUCCAUGCUGAACUUCCUGAAGAAAGCGAUACCUGACCCUGCAUUCUCAGAAAGCAUCAGACACUUAAUGGAUGGAUCACUACCACGGUCAUUGAAACAUAUCAUCAGUAAUGCUGAAUACUAUGGAGCAUCUCUAUUCUUGUUAGCAACUGAUGCAGUUACGGUGUACGUAUUCCAAGAGCCCUCCCUGCUGUCGUCCCUGCAAGACAAUGGACUAACUGAUGUUGUUCUACAUGCUCUCCUCAUCAAAGAUGUUCCAGCCACACGCGAGGUAUUGGCCUCCCUGCCCAAUGUUUUCAGCGCCCUGUGCCUGAACGCUAGGGGUUUGGCGGCAUUCGUCCAGUGUAAGCCAUUUGAAAGACUCUUCAAAGUUCUACUUUCACCAGAUUAUCUACCAGCCAUGAGAAGACGCAGGAGUUCCAAUCCCCUUGGUGAUACUGCUAGCAACCUUGGUAAUGCCAUGGAUGAGUUGAUGCGCCAUCAACCUUCCCUCCGAUCGGAUGCCACAAAAGCCAUCAUACAGCUGCUCGAAGAGGUCGUAUCCAUGGGGAAAGAUCCAAAAUAUAUUUGCCAGAAACCGCAACCAAAGUCUGAUUCCUCAACGACAGUGACCUUGAGGUCACCGACACCCAACGAAGGCACAUCCUCUGAUGAAGAGGAGGAAGAAGAUGACAUUCCGAACGCUCAGAGUCAGACUACACCAACAAAAUCUGUUGCAUCAGAUGUGGAAACUACUCAGCCAUCCGCAGAACGAACACCAAUUCCGUUGAUGGAUUACGUAUUGAAUGUGAUGAAAUUUGUUGAGGCAAUCUUGAGUAAUAACACCACAGAUGAUCAUUGUCGUGAGUUUGUCACUCAGAAGGGCUUGGUACCUCUCAUGUCCAUCCUCGGCUUGCCUAAUCUACCCAUAGAUUUUCCCGCCUCUGCCUCUUGCCAAGCUGUGGCCACAGUCUGCAAAGCUGUCUUUACCUUAUCUCAUGAACCCCAGGUGCUAAAACAAGGUCUCCUGCAGUUGAACGAAGUCCUCAUGUCUCUUGAGCCUCUCCACAAGCCCCUGGACCCUCCUGGUGGCUCAGUCCUUCUCCAUGAGUUGGUCAGUGCCAACAACAUCACUGAGGCCACGCUGUCUGUGAACACCACCCCGUUAUUACAUGCCUUAACAGGGGCACAUGCUUACAUCAUGAUGUUUGUGCAUGUGUGCAGAGCAGGACAGAGUGAUAUCCGUACAAUAUCAGUCAGUCACUGGGGUUCAGACCUGGGACUACAAGUGUUGAAAGGACUAAGUCAGUUGUAUACAUCGCUUGUUUGGGAGAGUACAGUCCUACUUGCAUUGUGCAGUGAGAAUAUUCUGCCCUCGGGAUGUGAAUUCGGCAGGGCAGAUAUGGAGAAACUGUUACCAAAGGAUUUCAAAACAGAAAAGGAUAAAGAUAAAGGAACUCCAACAUCGGACAGCAAUCACUCACUUACACGUAGCACCGGGGAAAUGGGUAGCAACGGGGUCAGUGCAGCCAUGGAAUCAUUGACGACACAGGAAAGCACUGUACCAAGUCCAAUGGAAAUGGAUGACGUGACUUCUCUGGAUAACGAAACCAAGAAAAACAAACUUCCACCAGCCUUACAGGCUCAAAUUCGACAAAUCAAACCAUUGCUUUCGGCUUCCUCAAGACUGGGAAGGGCGUUGGCAGAAUUGUUCGGACUUCUUGUAAAACUGUGCGUUGGUUCACAUGUUCGGCAACGACGAACUCACCAGUUGCCACCGCAGCCAAUCGCACCUACGCCUGCAGCCAGAGCAGUUGCAUCUUCGCUCACUAAGUUAUUAGCAAAUGGACUGUCAUGGACACCUCCACCUACAUCUCCUGUGCCAAAACUACAGUUAACUUUCUACAUCUGUUCUGUUGGCUUCACAUCACCAAUGCUGUUCGACGAAAUGAAGUAUCCAUACCACCUGAUGUUACAGAAAUUGGUGUCCUCCGGUGGCCAGGAUGCGUUAUUUGCGGCAUUCAACUGGGCUCUCUCUUGUGGUGGAAAAGUAUCUCUUCAAGAUGGCUUAGAAAGUCCAGAUCUCCCUGAUGGCACUGGUGAGUUCCUUGACGCCUGGCUAAUGCUUGUUGAGAAGAUGGUCAACACAAAGAACGUGCUGGAGUCGCGUCACACCCUUCCUACCAAGUCAACCCCACCUGGCUUUGUGCCGUUCAGCCCCCUCCAAUAUCUCAUCAAAACACACAAGGCUGCAUUCCAUGCCAUUAUGUACCUAUGGGACAAGAAGCCCCUGAAGGUGUACGGUAGCCGCAUGUCUGAGUCGAUCCUGGCCAUCCUCUGUCACAUAAUCAAGGGGGAGGCGACUAUCAAGGAGAAGUUGGCUAAAGAACAAGAGGAAAAGGAAGCACAGUCACCGUCCACAUCAGCUGGAGCGAGCAGUAAACCUGCUGUCAAGGAACCGGAAGAACCCCAAGUCAACCAGGAACAGCUGCAACAGUUGCAGGACAUGGGCUUCGAGAAGGAGCACUGCUUGGAAGCGUUACUGCACUCGUCAAGUCUGGAACAGGCUACCGAAUACCUCUUAUCUCAUCCUCCACCUGUCUUGGGCACCCCAGCAUCAUUAACACCACCGAUUGCACCUGACAUGGAUUUGUCAGAAGAGGAUCAGAUGCUGCGUGCUAUCGCUAUGUCUCUUGGCGAGAACGUGCUGGUUUCCACUGAUCAGACCGAUUCUAAGAAGAACGAUGAUGAAAAGAAACUGGAUGAAGAAAGUAAUGUGGAAGAAUCUCCGUUAGAGAAGGGAACGUUAGAUGACUUCACGAACAAUGUGAUGGCUGGAUGUUUGAAACUGCUGGACUCUUUACCUGAAACUGUUUACCGUGUCUGUGAUCUGUUAGUUGUUAUUACGAAUAGGAAUGGAGAGAAGUGGAGGAAUGAAAUACUUGCUAACCUGGUGAAGGAGGUGUCGGACUAUGCCAACAAACUGGUACAGGUGGCAGCUCCCCUGACCACGUCAGAUACAUGUAGCAUCCUUGAAUGGGCUAACAAACUCUCCACUGUUCCCGAGGCAUCCAAACUUGCCGCUAGAUUACAUCUGCUGAGUUUGACUUUCGAGGAGAUGAAGAUGCCAUGUGCAGAGGCUGUGGAAUCAAGCGGACUCCUGGAGCUGCUUGUCCGUGCACUUGAUGCUGCACAACGAUGUCUCUCUGCUGCCAAGGAUGCUUCAACUCCAAAGUGGCUGGCUCCUCUGAUGUUGCUUAUUGAUCAAUUUGAGAAGAUAUCAAUCACAUCUAGAAGAAAGGCUGAAGUGGAAGCACUUUUGGGUCCAGUUCAUGUUUGGAAGUGGUUUGAUGACCGCAGCGGGCGUUGGUGCACCUACAGCGCUGGAAACAACAAGACAAUCGAUGAUGCCUACUGCGCCAGUGAAACCAACAUCCGAUUCACGGCAGGCAGGAGGAGAUAUACUGUGCAUUUCAAUACGAUGGUGCAGGUGAAUGAAGAAACCGGUAACCGACGUCCAAUUAUGUUGGCGCUGCCAACCAAGGAAGAGAAAGAAAAGCAAACUGCCAAGGAAAAGGAGAAGAAGGAAUUGACUGAUGGAAAGGAGAAGUUAGAUGAUGAGAAGAUGGAUGUGGAAGAAACUGCAUCAUCAUCCGACAAACCUGAAAAGAAGACCGAUAAGAAGAAGUCGGAUUCCAAACCUGUCAAAAUAGUUCAGGGACUUACUCCUGACCAGUACACCAGUAUUGUAAGAUCUGCCGUUGGCCUACUUGGUAUUCCAGUUGAAGCAGAUACCCUCCAUGCUACACUUCGUGUCUGCCUGCGCCUUACCAGGGACCAUAAAUAUGCCUUGAUAUUUGCUGAAUUGGGUGGUCCUAAGCUCCUGUUGGGCCUGACACAAGCGUCUGCUUUCCAAGGGUUCACUUCAUUAGCUACGUUAUUGUUGAGGCACGUGUUGGAAGAACCUAACGUCUUGAGAAUGACAAUGGAGAAGGUGGUAAGAAGUCCAGCUCAGGGUAAUAAUUCCACAGUGACCGGUGUAUCUCAGAGAAGCUUGGGUGCCGUUGAGAUGCAUUACGUGCUGCGAGUCCUUGGUCCAGCCGCUUGUCGUAAUCCUGACAUGUUCAAAGAAGUGGUGAAAGACGUCUUCAGAAUUAUCAUUCCGCCACCACCGCCCCUAUCAAAAAGUGAAGAUGAAUCGCGCUACGCUGGGCCGAAUGCUGCUCAGAUUCUGAAGAUCCCACCACUAGGUCAGCAGAAACAGGUUCCAUUAGAAGGAGCAACACGGGAUGUCAUCUUCGAACUAUUGAAUGCUCUUGCUGCCAAGUAUAACUGGCUCAAAGAAGAAAAUGCCUCAAGCAACAGUAACGAGGUUAAACCAGCGCAGACGUUGGCCGAGGCAAUCCAGGAGGUGGUUAGUGAGGUGACGAGAGACAUCAAUGAUCGGACAGGCAUGAUCAGGCAGGGGAGUGCACUCGAUCUGCCAUCGCAGGAUGAGGAGGGCAACCCACUACCAGGGACAACUCCUCUGACGAUCAGUGAUGCAACGGAAGUGGCCGACUCAACAAAAGAUGGUGCUAAAGAUGCAAAAACCGCAGAGGAAGCUAAGAAAUCUCGCCCGUUGCUCCCCAAGGCAGCGGUCUUGAGGUUGCUAGCGGAGCUGGUGCGCUCAUAUACGUCAUGUGCUCUUCAAAUUGCUCAGCAUACUUACCCUCCUGGGCUUACAGAACUGGUCACUGAGGAAUGUUCAGUUCUUGCAUUCAUCUUGGAUAACCUGCUCCCUUCAACUCAGACGUGUGGAGAUAAAGACUGUCCAGCCCUAUCUCGUAUGCUCAUAGCCAGCAUGGCAGCCUGUAACAACUGCCCGGACGCUCAAGCCGCCUUAGUCAACGAGGUCAAAUCAGCCUUACAGCGGGCGCUGAUCCUGCCGGAAAGCUCUGAAAAACAUGCAAAAAUACAAGCAUUAACGAACAUUAUUAGCACUAUGAUUGACUCUUGUUCUAACCCUGGCAAGGUGCAGAAUCAAGUUUUCAAGGGCCAGCAAGCGACCAUGAAUAAUAUGGUUAAAAUUCUUGUGAAACGUGGCUUGGUUGUGGACUUGGCACGGAUACCUCAUAGCCUUGACUUAUCGAGUCCGAGCAUGGCGAAUACAGUGAAUUGUGCUCUGAAACCUCUGGAGACAUUGUCGAGAAUUGUGAAUCAACCACAGACUGUGCCAAAUAAGAAUAAACCUAAGAAUCCAGCGGAUGGAUCGACUGCUGAAGGUAUUGUGGAUGAGGUGGCGGAGAACAAUCCAAUCACAGAUGCUGACCAGAAUCCUUCCUUGGAGAACAAUGACAGCGCAUGCCGAGACAUCCAGGACAUUCACAUCGAGGAUGUGACUGAGAGCCGAGACAGACAUGAAGAUCUCGAGGAGUCUGAGCCACUUGAUGCCGUGGAGCCGAGACAGGACACACACGUGGAAGAACUUGAGGAGGUGUUGGACGAGUUAUUCAAUAGGAACAACCCAGCUGAGGCUGUGGAACAGGUCUUGGGAGAGAUUAUCAUGACAGAAACGACAACCAGUGCAGCUUCCCGUGGUGGUCAUGGUGAUGAUGAUGAUGAACAUGUUGUGAUAGAUGACCACCAUGAUUCGCAGAUGGUCAGUCAGGAGUUUUCAGAUGACGAAGUUGGAGAACACCUAGGUGGUGACCGCCAUGAUGAUCAUUCAAGUGCUUCAGAUACAGAAGAUGACGAACACGAUGGCCAUGAUGAUGAUGACGACGAUGAUGUGAACGAUGAUGAUGAAGAUGAUGGUGCAGACGAAGAGGAUGAUGAAGAUGAGGAAGAGGAAGAUGAAGAUGAUGAGGGGUCUGACAUGGAAGCAGACAACGACGACUACCAAGACUUCGAGGAGUCCAUGGUGAGGAUGAGUGAUGACAAUGACCUACUGGUACACUUAGAAGACAUGUUCCCUCCAGGCCAGUUGAUUGUUGAUAAUACCCACAUCCGCACCUACCAGCAGCUUCCAAUCUCUCUCCAUGAUGGCGACACUGGUACCAGCGAUGCUCUCAUUCCAUCAGUUCCGCCUGCCCCGAGUAACGUCACCGCUAAUCAUCCCCUUCUGGUGCGCCACCCAGAAGGCCAGUCUGUGUCGGGCACGAUGGCUGCGAGGAUCCAUCGCCAUGGAGGAUUCGGCCGUCAACGAGGGACAUACAGGUACAACCCUAGCACACAGACACUGCAUGUACAUUAUCCAGCAGGAGGUGUGAGACACCCUAACCCUCCAGCCAUACUGCAGAGGUUACUUGGACCUGACUUCCUUCAGCUGACCAACAGUCUUUCAUCCCAGGCUGGGACAGGACACACUCGAGUUCUCUUUGGAAACGAUGACCUACGAAUAUUCGCAUCACGGCCAGAGGAAGAUCUUCUGGAUGAGUUCUUUCCGGAUCCAUAUGGAGACAGCACAGGCUCAGGAAAUGUCUUAUCAAGUGUGCCAUCGGCUCUGACUCGCUGGACGGAGGAGUCCCGUGUCCUUGAUGGGGACAGCGUGCAUGACUGUGUCACCUUGCUGAAGCCAGAGAUCCUCGAGGUGCUAGAGAAAUAUCGGGACGAAGAGUUACAAAAGAGACGAGAGAAGAGGAAGAACAAGGACGGUGAUGAUAAAACUAAGGAGGAUGAGAAAGAAGAAAAUGAAACCAAUAAAACAAUAGAAUGGACCUCACCACGGUCAACAUCUGCUUUACAUUCGUCUUUGAUAGAUGCCAUUGCAGUGAGCUCAGCAGCAAGUAGUAUUGUGUCCCAAGCAGCACUGCCAACUAGUCUACAGUUGUCCACUGCAGCCUCAAGAGAGAAUUCCAAUGAGGUAUCAAUGGCUGAACGUCUGGCCACUUCACUCGUGGAUGAACUUCUUUCGGCACCCGUCACGUCUGCUCCUUCAAUCAAUACGACUUCAUCUAGUCAGAGGCAAGGUACAUAUUUGACCCAUGGUUUGGUGCGAGCUUCAUUACCAGAGAUGUUACAAACACCAUCACAGUUGGUCCAGAUUAGUACGCCUGCUGCUCCACUUAGGCUUUCAGAAACCCUUCCCACGAUGCAUCCGAGUUCAUUUUCCUCGUCACCUUACGAAACGCCAAUCAGUCGUGUAGAACUUCCCGGCUACAGCUCUGAAACGCCAAUGGAAACCAACUCGGCCGCAGCGGUGUCCUCGUCCAGUCAACUUGUUGCUGAACUCUGUCGCCAGGUACCAAGUCUAAAUGCUGCCUUGGCAAGGAGUGGCCGUACGAUGGAGGCAGCAGUGUCCCAGAGCACGAUCAGACCUCCAAGUGAAGCAAGUGCCACCCCGAAUUCAGCAACUGUGGUUGCAUCUGUUGAAUCUGUGAUAACUCCUGAGGAACCUUCAAAUAUCAUCAGCUCUGAAGCUGUUACUGUACAUUCCACUCCUUCAGGGAGUAGUUCUGAAGAACCCAGCAUUAGUACACCCUCUAGCGAGAUGCCUGUUUCAAGCUCAGAUACAGCAAGUCUAAUGUCGAGUGUUCUUGCUGCAGCUGCAGCGGCUGCCGCAGCAUCAAGUGGGAAUGACCAGCCUGGGACCUCUGCCCUCACUGAAAGUGGUAUCCCCCAGUCACUUCUUUCUGACAUCCUGCUCCCUGAUGGGGUCGACCCAUCAUUCCUUGCUGCAUUGCCCGAUAACAUCCGACAGGAAGUCGUAGCAGAGCAGUUGCGUUUGCAGAGGAUCCAAGAGAGGGCGCAGCAACAGAAUGAGGCAGCUGCUCAGCAGGCGCACCUUGGGACUACUGAAGUCAAUCCUGAGUUUUUGGCUGCAUUGCCACCAGCCAUACAGGAGGAGGUGUUGGCACAGCAGCGUGCGGAGCAGGCAAGGAUAGCCUCGUCCUCUGGCACCACAACCACAGAAGCGCCCGUCGAUCCUGCUAACUUCAUCUCCUCCCUGCCAACUUCGCUGCGGCAACAGGUCUUGGCCGAUAUGGAUGACAGUAUGAUAGCUGUAUUGCCAACUCAAUAUGCUGCAGAAGCUCAGGCCCUGCGUCGAGAACUGGAAGAUCGCCAUCGACGGAUUAUGCAAGAACGAUUUAUUGCUCAAACUGGUGGUUCGUCUCUAUCAUCCAUAUUGCGUCAUGCAGGGCUUGGUAGAUUUAGAACGGGUGGUAUUCGCGCUACUCCCAGGUCUGUUCAGCCAUGGACAUGGGCACCCCGCCGACCUGGCCAAACAGGGACUACGUCAGGGAAUGUUGCUCUUCGUGGAUUACACUUGCGGGGACGUCAUCUUCUUGACCACGAGGCAUUGACGUGUUUGCUCGUUUUGCUGUUUGUGGAUGAACCCAAAUUGAACACUAGUCGUCUUCACCGUGUUCUGAGGAAUCUUUGUUAUCAUUCUCAGACACGCAACUGGGUGAUCAGGGCGCUUCUUGGUAUCGUUCAAAGAACUAGUGAAUGUAAGAUAGACUCAGAGGAAACCAAAUCUGGCAAAUCUAGUGAUAAAUCAAAGAAGAAAAGUAGCCAGUCUAGUCAUAGCGGAGAGUUACCGAUUUACCGGCCUGAAUUGAACGUCGGGCGGCAAAGUGCGCCAUCGUGGCUGUCCAUAGGAUUAGAUGCAGCCCUCGGAUGUCGGGCAAAUGUCUUCCAGAUUCAGCGUAGUGGGAAAAAAUCUGGUGGGAAUGUGGCGAAUUCGGUUGUGACGAUUCAUCCGCAGGCUUCUCCUGUGGUGUGUAGACAUGUUCUUGAUACUUUGAUCUCUUUAGCUAAAGGAUUCCCGUGCCACUUUGCGCCGGGCAACAAUAAAGCCAAGGAAGUGAAAUGUGACACUGAGAAAGAGAAAGAAAAAGAUCUUGAUAACAAAGCGAAAUCAGCUCCGAGUCUUUCUAGUCCGGCUAGAGCAGGUGGAAGUGCAAAAUCUGCGGAUGGAAAGGAAAAUAAGGAUACAGAAUUCUGGGACUUGUUGAUUCGAUUAGAUAGCUCCACCACGAGUAAAAAAGGGAAGGGUGUACAGCGGGUUCAUAGUAAUCCGAAUCUUGAGGGUGACACUGACACCAUGGAUUAUGAGUCAUCACCUAUUGGUCAGUUAAUGAGCAUGCUUGCCCAUCCUGUGAUUCGACGGAGCCAGUUGUUAACAGAUCGCUUGCUACGUCUUCUUGGACUUGUAUCUGUCGGAUUACCAGAAAUGAACAAUUCAAGUGCUUUAGCGAACGCCAUAAGCUCAUCGACACCUGUGACGAGCUUGGCCAGCACUGUGGCACCUGUUCAACCAAGUGUGAUUCGUAAUGCUGUGGUGGCGCCACCUGUGAGAUCAGCCUCGGAUGCUGCUGUGCCAAGACCAGAUGCAGCAGAGUCAAUGGAGACAGUGGAGGAGAAGAAAUCUGAAGGGACAGAUGAGGAACCAAUCCUGCCUCAGCAGCUUCAGUUGGCAGUUCAGGUGCUCACAUCCAAGUCAUGCUCUGAGGAAGGUCUAGAAGAUGCCACCAAUCUUCUGCUCCAGCUUUCCAAAGCUAAUAAUCCCACAAGGGCCACAGUGCUCGAUCUUCUCCUGAUGGGAGCACAGGAGCUGGGACAGACGGUCUGUGCCCAUAUCAGGACACUACUACAGGAGAUUCAAGAAAUGUGCGUCAAAGUCUUGGAGACAGACGAGGACAUGAAUGAAGCAGAUGCAUUGGCAGCAUCUUCUCAGCCAAAAGGUGUCAUCGCCGAUCGCUUUGGAGGCGGCAGCAUGAUCGUCGUGAACGCCCCAACAAAAAUCAAAGUGGGUCGCGAGCUUCAGUUACCGUCUAUGGUUUUGCUAACGAAUAAGACGUCAAGUCAGCAAUUCUUCCUCCGGAUUCUGAAGGUCAUUAUCCAGUUGAGAGAGGCGGCGAGAUUGGCCGCUAGGAAAGCUAAAAAAGCAGAAGCCAUGGCUAAUCUUGAAGCAGAAGCCGAGGCCAUCAUGGAGAUGGUGGGGCGACGUGAUCGUUUGGAAACGCAGCGACAGGAAAAUCGCGAGGGAGAAGGCGCACUGGAGAUCACCAUUUCAGGCAGCAUAUCUCAGCAAGCAUCUGUUGAGAGUAGGGAUACGCCAAUGGAUGUGGAUCAACCAAGUGCCAUAUCAGCAGAACCAAGCAAGCCAGUUGAGAAAAAGAAAGAAGAGAAAGAAAUUCCCUUGCCUCGUCUGAGCGACCUUCUGAAACUGGAUGACCUGUGGGAGACACUCGGUGAAUGUUUGACAGAGCUCGCGAAGACACCUGAUCAUCACGCUGUUCUUGUUCUGCAGUCUGCUGUUGAGGCUUUCUUCAUUGUUCAUGCUGGUGAGAAAGAUACCCGGAAACCUCGCGACAGUGCUGCUCAACGACGGGAAGAUCAGCUUGCUCACCUGAAUGUGGACAUCGGCAUGCCAAUGUCGCCGUUACCAGCCGCCUCCAGCAGCCAAGAUGUCAUUGGUCUGUUGACGCGAGAGAACUCAGUUGCUUCAGUUGUUUCCAUGACGUGUAGUCUUCCACCUGAUACACAGAAAUUCCUCAAAUUUGCUGAAACGCAUAGGACUGUUCUGAAUCAGAUUCUGCGCCAGUCCACCACCCCAUUAGCAGAUGGGCCGUUCUCAGUUCUUGUCGAUCAUACCAGGGUCUUGGACUUUGAUGUCAAACGCCGCUAUUUCCGUCAAGAACUUGAGCGUAUGGAUGAGGGAAUGCGGCGGGAGGAUGUUGCCGUCCACGUGCGUAGGGAGCACGUAUUUGAGGAUUCGUUCCGAGAGCUUCAUCGCCGUACACCAGAUGAAUGGAAGCAUAGAUUCUACAUUGUAUUCGAAGGUGAGGAGGGCCAAGAUGCAGGUGGGCUGCUACGAGAAUGGUACCUUAUCAUCUCACGUGAGAUCUUCAACCCAAUGUACGCCUUGUUUGCCACAUCGCCUGGUGAUCGUGUCACGUACACCAUUAACCCCUCGUCGCAUUGCAACUCGAAUCAUCUAAGUUACUUCAAGUUCGUUGGACGCAUCAUCGCCAAAGCUAUCUAUGACAACAAAUUGCUCGAGUGCUACUUCACAAGGUCAUUCUACAAGCAUAUCUUAGGAGUAUUAGUCAAGUACACGGACAUGGAAAGCGAGGACUAUGCUUUCUACCAGGGCCUUGUCUACCUGUUGGAAAACGAAGUAGAACACUUAGGCUACGAUCUGAUGUUCAGCACAGAGAUCCAAGAAUUUGGUGUAACAGAAACAAGGGAGUUGAAGUCAAACGGCAAAAACCUAUUGGUGAAUGAAGAUAACAAGAAAGAGUAUGUCAAGUUGGUUUGUCAGAUGAAGAUGACUGGUGCUAUUCGGAAGCAGCUGAAUGCUUUCUUGGAGGGCUUCUAUGAUAUCAUUCCAAAGAGGCUCAUCUCCAUCUUCAAUGAACAGGAACUCGAGCUGUUGAUUUCUGGAUUGCCGACCGUUGACAUCGAUGACCUCAAGUCGAACUCUGAAUAUCACAAGUAUCAGCCAAACUCUUUACAGAUCCAGUGGUUCUGGCGUGCUCUGCGCUCAUUUGAUCAGGCUGAUAGAGCAAGAUUCCUACAGUUUGUAACUGGUACAUCUAAGGUGCCUCUCCAAGGUUUCGCCUUCUUGGAGGGCAUGAAUGGUAUCCAGAAAUUCCAGAUUCACAGGGAUGAUAGAUCAACAGAUCGUCUGCCGUCUGCUCACACAUGCUUCAACCAGCUUGAUUUGCCCGCCUAUGAGACGUACGACAAACUGCGUGGUAUGUUACUGCUGGCUGUGAAUGAGUGCUCUGAGGGUUUUGGCUUGGCUUAGAAUAAAACAUCCGGUGCUUGGAAUUGGAACUGAAAGAACUGUGUGUGUGACACUAUUACAAAAUUGCAACGCAAUACACAACCUUUGGGAAAAUGGACCUGCAGAUAGAAUUUGUUGUAAUAUUCGAUCCAAAGCGUUGGUGCUGCAAAAGAAGGAAUAUGACAAAUUAACAAGUGUAGGAUGAAUAAAGAAUGUUUUCCCAGAUUUAAAAAGCAACUUGGAAGUUAUUUCUAUUUGCAAAGAAGUGCUGCAGUGAAAUUGCAAGUCUCUGGUGAAUUUAACCUUGAAGAUCAGCAUAUGGUUUCUUCAAGAGUGAGAUCAGUUGAUCAGUUGAUCAUGUGAACUGCUGUAGUUUGUGAACAUAUUGUACUUAAACGUGUUCCGGUUUAAGUCUUGGAGGAAAGGUCUAUAUCAAGUUGAGCUGUAAAUAUUUGAAGCAAUUUGAAGGCUGUAUGUAUGCUUGAACUUUCAUACAAUGUCAAAGAAUCUGAAGCGAUUUGAAUCAAUAGUCAAAACUUAGUGUGAAUUCUUGUCCCAUAAGGGUCGUUGCCUCUAAUCUGGUCAAGCUACAAAACCUGUAAAAUUUGUAUGUAUUGAAACCACAAACUUGUGAUGUAUAUUACUGAAUCAGACCAGAGUUAGAUGUAAGGAGUGCUCAGAGUUGUUGCCUUCAGGAAUUGGUAAAUAAUUUUCAAAAUCAUUAUGUUCAUUCUUUGAAUAUGUACUCGCUCUGUCAAGGUUGAGGCCGAAGCUUUACUUGCAUCAAUUUCUUUCUGUAUGGGUUGACCCCUCAUGCAUAUCUCUUCACAUUAUCUCUACCUAGCCCACACAACAUGUUAUUGCCGACAAAAACUAAUCUUGGUCAAGUGUCCUUCACCCAAGUGUUAUCUCGCAGUACACCGACACCAUCGAUACUUGUUAGAGGAAUAUUUGUAUACCUACUUCAAACCAGACACAAUGUUUUAACUGUGCUGAAGUCACAUGCCUAAAAUCCCCCUUCAGUCAACCUGAUCAAAUGGCACAUAUUUAAAUGAAUACCAGACAUGCUUCUUUCCUUCCAAGGCUUGACCACUGUCCCUGUUAUUGCCAUGCCCAGGACUUUUCAAGGGUUGCGUGAUGCUUUGGGCCAGAGGUUUGAUGGUCUUGAAAACUACGACAAACUGGGACAAGCCUUCUAAGCAGAAGUUGAAAGUCAAGUAUUAGAUGUAAUUCAUUUGCCAGUGAGCCUUUUGUUGGUUGUCACCUGAUGGUAGCAGAACUUUCUAAAAACAUCAUGAAGGUUACAUUUGUAGCUAAUCAAGUGCGUUUCUAGUGUUCAUGUGCAUGUAUAUAAAACUUUCAUUGAAGAUACCAUGUAACAUUGAAUUGUUACUUGUACAAUUCUAUAUUGUAUGUCUGAUUCCACGCUUUGUAAAUGCUACAGAAAUCUAUACAGGGAUUCAAAUUUUUUUAUUGUUUAUUUAUGUCCGAAACUUUGAUGUGCUUACUUACUGUCUCUGCAUUUAGAGGUAUUUAUUGAUUGAGUGCAAAGGUGCUCCCAUUUCGAAUAUUUAUGCAACUAGAAUAAAAUAUUCAGGCUUUAUUGCUAUAACAUGAAAUCAGAUUUCAAGCCUACCGUGUUUGCACUCAUCAGUGGAUUUGUCUUCUAAUGUGGAGAUUAGCUGCAGUGAAAAUCUCAACUUGUUUUACGUUUUGUUUAUCCUCUAUGUAAUUGUAAGUCUUUAUUGUCACGAGGAAAAUAGAGGGUGAAAAUAUUUUGGUGUUGAAAACAUCCCAAGUCAGUUUUGCCAACCAAAUUAACAUUCUUCUGAUGUACAUUUUAUCGGACAACAUCUACUCUCUAAGAUUCACAACAUAAGCAUGAUAUUUGGUGAAGUAAUUUAAGGAGAGCUGGUGUGUUGUGUGUCUACUGGCGGAGGGCGGGGUUCUCUGCUUGCACAACUUGCUGGGAGGGAGGGAUUCUGUGCUAUGACUGGCGACAAACUUCUGUCAACCUUCUUUUUUUCAGUUCUAUGUUAUUAUGGUGGAUUAUUUUGUCCACGUGCUUGUUGUACUUUGCAAGUUGUUUUUGUUUAUUUUCUUUCUGUGACAACGACCAAAUGUGCUUCAUUUAGGUCAUAGAGACUUGCUACUAUUGAAAUUCAAGCUUUGAAAACUGACACUUAUUUGUCUUUGUUGUGCAGAAAUACAAAAUUAUAUGGCAUUUUGUUAUAAUAGAUUGUAUCGAUAAUAAAUAUGAUGCCAAUAA